AUGGUAGACAAUAGCAUAGCAAUGGAGAAAAAGGGAGAGCUAAGAUCAGUUUUUCUUCCAUUUCUGUCGACUAGUCACAUAAUUCCUCUAGUGGACAUGGCUAGGCUCUUCGCCAUGCAAGGCGUAGACGUCACAAUAAUAACCACCCCACAAAACGCCAACGUUUUCCAGAAGUCCGUCGAUCUUGACUCCAGUCGCGGCCGCCUCAUCAGAACGCACGUCGUGAACUUCCCCGCCGCUGAAGUGGGCCUUCCGCCGGGGAUCGAAACCCUCAACCUCGACACGCCUCGCGAGAUGAUCAGCAGAAUCUAUAUGACUCUCGCCCUUCUCCAACCACAGUUCGAACAACUCUUCCACCAUCUCCGACCCGACUUCAUCGUCACCGACAUGUUCCAUCCUUGGACCGUCGAAGCCGCCGCCAAGCUCCGCAUUCCCCGGAUCAUGUUUCACGGCGCAAGUUAUCUCGCUCUCUCUGCUGCGCAUGCUAUCGAGCAGUACGCACCCCAUCUGGCAGCGAAAUCCGACAGCGACUGGUUUAUGUUACCUGGGUUGCCGGACAAGUUGGAGAUGACGCGGUUGCAGUUGCCGGAUUGGCUCAGAUCUUCGAACCAGUACACGGAGUUGAUGAAGACGAUUAAGGAGUCAGAAAAAAAGAGCUACGGGUCACUUUUUAACAGUUUCUACGACCUCGAGAGUGCUUACUACGAGCACUACAAGAGCGUCAUGGGGACCAAGAGUUGGGGAAUUGGACCGGUUUCGUCGUGGGCGAACCAGGAUGCUUCGGAUAAGGCUACACGAGGGCACGCUAAAGUGGAAGAAGAAGGGUGGCUUAAGUGGCUCAACACGAAGGCAGAGAGUUCUGUUUUGUACGUGAGUUUCGGGAGCAUGAACAAGUUUCCACGCUCCCAGCUUGUUGAAAUCGCGCGAGCGCUUGAAGAUUCGGGGAAAGAUUUCUUGUGGGUUGUGAGGAAAAAAGAGGGGGCUGGAGAAGGAGAAAGCUUUUUGGAAGAGUUUGAGAAGAGAGUGAAGGAAAGCAAGAAAGGGUAUCUGAUAUGGGGUUGGGCGCCACAGUUGCUGAUACUGGAGAAUCCUGCGAUUGGAGGGUUGGUUACUCACUGUGGUUGGAAUACGGUGAUGGAAAGCGUGAACGCGGGGUUGCCAAUGGUGACGUGGCCUCUGUUUGCGGAGCAGUUUUUCAACGAGAAGCUGGUGGUGGAUGUGCUGAAAAUUGGGGUGUCAGUGGGCGCCAAAGAGUGGAGAAACUGGAACGAGUUUGGGGGUGAGGUUGUGAAACGCCAAGACAUUGCAAACGCGAUUGGUUUGAUGAUGAAGGAGGAGAAUGGAGAACAGAGAAGAAGAGCGAAGACGCUAAGCGAAGCUGCAAAGCGAGCUAUUCAGGAAGGUGGAUCGUCCCACAACAACAUCAAGGAAUUGAUUCAGGAACUCCAUCAGAUCAAACUUUCCAAGCCUCAAGAACCCACAACCAAUCUUUGA